ACCCCCGGCCACGCGUGCGUUUACUUCCUCGGUGAUAGAGCCUCGACAACCGCCAUGGAAGACGUCGAGUUCACCAGGUCACACUCCCACUCGCCGCUUCCGGAGGCAGGCCACGACCCCGGCGACCCUCUGCGCCCCGAAAUCGACGAGGAGAACUCCACGCCGAAUCUCCCCAUUGGGGACCCAGAUCAGGAUAUGGAGGUCUCGGAGAGGAGGGUCGAGAUGCCCGACGCGGACGACGUGCAGGAAGGCGGGCUCUCUGACAACGAAUCAAUACUAUCUGAGUUGGAUGAGCAGCAGUUUGAGGACUUCGAUGCCGACAACAUCGCCAUCGAAGAACGGCCUGCGCAGAUGAUCGACGAGAACACAGUCGGCUUGAUCGGCGUCCACAAGAGGCGGCGGACCGAACUCGACGGUGAGGCGCCGAAGAAGAAAAAGAAGCGCGCAGAGAAGCCGCGGAGAAAGAAGACCAGAGACGAAGACGUUAGUGGAGGCGAUGAUACCGGUACGCGGAAGAGCAGGAGGUCGAAGAAGGCUGGCAGGAUAAGAGGAACCAGUCCCGACGUAGAGGCUGACGAGAACCUGACGCCGGAAGAGCGCCGGAGACGCGCCCUCGAUGAGCAGAUCAAAGCCAUCGUCAAGCCGGGUACGUCGCGCCGCCGCAAGAAGGGCGACAUCGACCUCGAGGGGAUGGCCGACGCCGAAAUCGAAGACAUGCGCCGCCGCAUGGCAGCAGCCGCAGAAGCCGACAACGAGGGCCGGAAACGCGGCGAGCCAGCCCGUCACAAGCUGAAGCUUCUUCCUGACGUUGUAGCGCUGCUUAACAAGAACACACUGAAGGAUUCCAUUGUCGACCCUGAGAUCAAUCUUCUGGAGGCGGUGCGAUUUUUCCUGGAACCUCUUAGUGAUGGCAGCCUGCCAGCCUACGAUAUCCAGAAGGAGCUCUUCGCAGCCUUAGCCAAGCUCCCAAUCAACAAAGACAGUCUUGUCGCCUCCGGCAUUGGCAAGGUCAUAAUGUUCUACAUCAAGAGCAAACGCCCGGAGUUGAACAUCAAGCGGCAAGCGGAGCGCCUCUUCACGGACUGGACUCGUCCAAUCCUUCGCCGGACUGAUGAUUAUCGCAAGAAAGAGUUCGCUCAGGCGGAUUACGACCCAACGAAUGUUCCCACACGCGGCAGUGGUGUCCAAAACAGUCAGGCUGCGGCCGCCGCUGCGGCUCGCGCAAAGGCCCUCGAAGUCCCACGCGCGUACCAACGCGCCCGUUUGGAAACCGGUCCAACCACCUAUACUGUCGUUCCCAAGAGCAACGUUACUUUCAACGAGAAUGUAAAGAAGGGAUCAGGAGGCGGCGAGGACAUUUUGAAAAGGAUCAAAGCUCGUAGUGGCCGGGGUGGCCGCUAAAUCAAUCAUUCGGGUUCUCAGUCGCGCUAAAGGCGUGCGGGCUUGAUACUUGGCGUUUGGACAGGAGCACCAGGCCAUAUUCGGGGACUGCAUUCGGAGCCACCUUUUCGCUUCACUAUUUGCAUGGUCGGAGUUGGUGGGUGCCUUUAUUUGCUAGCAUGUACCAAUAUACCGCCUACAGAGGGCCUUUCGAUCGAU